CAUGCCAGCUCUCUUUAGGAUCCUUUUCUGUUUCCUCUUCGCUUCUGAUGUCUCCUCCUCCGCCACCACUGAAAAGAAAGGGUGGGGAAAGAAAGGGGAAAGAGAAGGUGCAGCAGCUCUCCAAAAAGCACUCCCCUUUGCCCCUGCUUUUGUGCUCUCCGACAGAAUAUCUCUAGCGUGCUUUACAAAUGGAACUGGAGUCCAAUAUUGUGGCCAUGGACUGCGAGAUGGUGGGUGUAGGGCCAUUUGGCACGAGGAGCGCCUUGGCUCGAUGCAGUAUCGUUGGUUAUAACGGUGAUGUGAUAUAUGAUAAAUUUGUGCUUCCCAAAGAGAAAAUAACAAACUACCGGACUUUGGUGAGUGGAAUUCAGCCAUUGGAUAUGGAAAGAGCUACAGAUUUUACCAUUGCCAAGAGAGAGAUUGUAGAGAUUCUGAAAGGCAAACUAGUGGUGGGCCACGAUUUACGGCAUGAUUUUGAAGCCCUGGAAGAAACCAAGUGGAUGUACCGAGUCUAUGACACAAGUACCGACUGGGUGUUGAGGAGAGCAGGUGGCCUUGAGCGAUGUCGGCGGGUCUCCCUCAGGGUGCUGUGUGAAAGAGUGCUCAAGAAAAGCAUACAGAACAGCAUAAAUGGCCAUUCCUCUGUAGAAGAUGCAAGAGCAGCCAUGGAACUCUACAAAUUCUCCAAGUCAAAGAGCGGAGGAAUUGCUUGAGCUUGCUUCUCUGUUUUGUUUUUCUUUGCCACAGCAUCCUUCUGUGGGUUACCUGAUUCCAAGAGCCCCACUCAGUUAGUUACAUUCUGGAAUGUUUCAUAUAUUAUCUAUGCUAAUAAAGUUGAUUCUUCCCA